CAAUCAGCAGCCUCCAUGGAUAAGGUUUCACUAUCGCUUCUUCCUCUUCUUCGUUCAAAGCUAUAAGCUUUGGCUGUCCACAAACUACACAAUUUACUCAGACAAUUACACAAUUCCCAAAUCAUAUUCCUUUGUUUAUGAAAGAUUAGUUCUUAGAAAUGGCGGUUGCAUCUAUGAGUUUCAACCUAGUCGGUUCAUUCAGAGGGCUUUCUCUGCGCUCGGGCUCAAGCUCAAGCUCAUCAUCGUCGUCCUUCUUCAGGGGCGAUUUGGGUUCGCUGCAAGUGGGUCCCAAGCUGUCAUUAGUGUCAAACCCCCAGAGAUUGGCCUUGACGAUUCAAAACGCGCACAAGAAAGGAGCUGGGAGUACCAAGAACGGUCGCGAUUCCCCAGGCCAAAGGCUCGGCGUCAAGAUUUUCGGUGACCAGGCUGCCAAGGCUGGCUCCAUCAUUGUACGCCAGCGUGGCACCAAGUUCCAUGCAGGGAAGAAUGUGGGGCUUGGCAAGGACCACACCAUAUUCUCUUUGAUUGAUGGUUUGGUUAAGUUUGAGAAGUAUGGACCUGACAAGAAGAAGGUGAGUGUUUACCCUCAAGAAGUGCAGCCUGAGAACCCCAACAGCUACAGGGCUAGAAAGAGGGAGAACUUCAGGCUACAACGGGAACGAAAAAAAGCACGAAAGGAAGGCUACAUCCUUCAAAACCAACCUCAGCUAGUACUUGCGUCUGCUGAUGCUGCAGAUAUCCCUCCAGUUUGUUGAUUCUUGCUGAUCCUUGGAAGUUGAACUUGUCCUUAAUGCUAAUUUUUCUACUCUACAUUGUGACCAACUUUGCGCAUGAGUUUUUGCCUUGCCUUUCCUGUUUCCCUUUUGUAUAAUUUUGUAUGAAUGAAAUUUUACUGGAAAAA